AUGGUGAGGGCUCAGUUCUGCAAGAAGACUGGUUUGAAGAAAGGAACUUGGAGCCCUGAAGAAGAUAAGAAGUUGGUAGAUUACAUCAACAAAUACGGCAUUUGGAACUGGAGUGAAAUGCCGAAGUUGAGGAGGUCUGGGAAGAGUUGCAGGCUCCGAUGGAUGAACUACCUGAAGCCGGGUAUCAAGCGUGGGAACUUGACAAGAGAUGAAGAAGAAACAAUAAUAAAAAUGCACGAAAAGCUCGGAAAAAAAUGGUCUGCAAUUGCAGCAGCACUGCCUGGAAGAACUGACAAUGAAAUCAAGAACUACUGGCAUACCCAUCUAAAGAAACGGCAACAAAAGCCGGAGGCUCAACUGCAAGGCAAGAGUGAGACCAUCCAUAAUGAAUUAUCUCAGUUGGACCUCUUGCCAUCUUGCAGUGCUCCAUCACAACUUCCUUUGGGCCUUUCCUCAUCUCCAUCUAUCGAUCCUGUUCUUGGGGCUAGUGGAAGUGUCAAAGUUGAGGCAAAUCUCGGCUUAGAAUCACAUGAAGAACUCCCAAGUUUGGCCGAUAAAGUAGUGUCCAUGGGAAACUGGGAUGCACAAGAUCUCCAAGAUAUGAUUGAUUGUAUGCAAGGGAUGGCUUUUGAUCCGGGUUAUGCAGUGCCAUACUAUGAGCCGUGGUGUGAAGAGCCUGAGUGGUCCAUGUAG